AUGCCUAAUGGUAAUAUUGACAUUGACGAUGAAGAAGUCAUACUUGACCGACAAAAUUUAGCACAUAAUGUAAAUACUUCAGAUUCAAUACUUCACUCUAUGAAUCAAUAUAAUACUGGAAUAUACAAUGAUUCAAAUAACUUAUCUAAAGAAAAAUCAAUUAUUUUGACUGUUACUUGUACAUCUAUUGGUAUGUUCACUGGUUUAUUAGGACCAACAUUUCCAUUUCUUGUAGAAAAUUUAUCUACGGAAGUAUCCUCAAUUGUACAACUUAUUACUGUAAAAGCAAUUGGUUUUUUUAUUGGAACAUGUUUAAGUUCUUAUCUUUAUACAUGGUUUAAUGUAUGUUGUUUACUUGGUUUAUCUUGUUUAUCAAUAAGUUUUGGUAUUUGUUCACUUGCAUUUAUAACUGAUUUAACAGCAUUUUAUUUAACCUCACUUACACUUGGUAUUGGUCUUGGUUUAUGUUAUAAUGGUAUCGAUGCACUUUAUAAUCGUUUAUGGUCACGACCAUCCGUAUCAACUAUUCGUUGGUUACAUUUAUUAAUAGCUGUAGGUGUAACUCUUUCAACACUAAUAUUACUUCCAUCAACAAUGCCAAAUGAUAGUAAUAUUUUAUCAUUAUCAACACUUACUCAAUCUUUCCGAGGACGUCGUGCAAUCUCAGAUAAUACAACAUUCGUAUUUAAUUCAACAUCUAAAAUUCGUAAAAACAUAACAAAACCAGCAGUUGUUUCAUCAGAUAUUUUAGCAGGAACAUUAUAUACUAAACCAAAUUCAGAUGCAGAACAAUUAAAUGAAAAAUCUCUCUGUUUUCAAACAUAUUGUUGUUAUGAUGAAAAUAAUCGAAAUAAUACAUUUACAUGUCAAGAACAAAAUAAAAAUCAAUCAAAUGAUUGUAAUACUAUUUUAUCAUCUUGUCGAAUGUUAUCAACCAAUAUUUGUCAUAUCAAGAAAAUAAAUACAUGGUGUCGAAUUAUGCGAAUAUGUACAAAUGAGACAACAUUCAAUUGUACAAUAGAAUUUAUUGAUACAUCUAUUAAUGCUAAUAGAUCAUCAACAAUAGUGACAAUAAAACCAAAUACUACUACCUUACCUUCAACAACAAUGACAACUCAUAUAACUACAAUUACUUCUACAACGACAACUACUACUAUUCGAAUACCAAUAACUUAUCGUAAGAAACCUCCAACAGCUGAUUCAGAUAAUGAUGAUCUUUCGCAAAAUUUUUUCUAUUUAAAAAUUCGUUUAUUUUUCCAAACAAUCACAUCUAUUCAUUUACUUUAUUUAUUUCUUACAUGUUCAUUUUUUCUUUUGGGUAUUUGUUAUUCAAUAUUAGCAAUGCGUGGCGAAGGAAUAAAUUCACCUUUAGUAAUAAAUCUCAAUCCUUUAUCAUUAUUAAUUCUUAAACCUCAUUAUGUAAUUCAUACUUCAAAUACUCAAUCCUCAUUAUUAUCGGAUACCUCGUCAUUUAAAUUUGUUAUUCUUAUUAUAUUAUUCUAUUUUAUUUUAUCUGGUAUUGAAAGUUUUUGUACUUAUUUAACAUAUUCAUUUGGUAUACAUAAUAAUUUAUCAGAAUAUAAAUGUUUAAUCUUACAAAUUUGUUAUCAUUUUGGUCGUUUAAUUGAUAUAUUAAUAAAUUAUCUCUGGUUUUUAUUAGAUAAAUAUAGAAAAAAGCAAUCAAAUUUAAUUUCAAUAAAAUUUCUCAUACUUCUUCGUCUUAUUGUUUUAUUUGUUAUUUGUUUUUCAAAUUUAUUUCAAUUAAAAAUUUAUUUCUUAUUUUUUUCCAUUGGUUUUCUAUUAACAUCAUUAUCAAGUUUAAUUUUAUAUUGGAUUGAACGUGAUUUAUAUUUAAAUGAAAUAUUAAUUCGAUUUAUUCUCUAUACAAUAAUUAUAAGUGAAAUGAUUAUUCCAUUAAUUUUAUUUUAUAAAAUUGACUAUUUUAUUCAAUUCUAUUUAUUUAUUGGUUUAGCUUUAUUAAUUAUUUUAUUUUUACUUAUUUUAUAUAUAAGUAAAAAUUGGCAAACAAAUCGAUUUUAUCAUUUAUUAUCAACAUCAAUGGAUAUGAAUGAAAUGGAAUCUCAAACGAAUUCGGAUAAUGAAAAAUUUAAAGAUACGAAAUUACAGUAA